AUGGCAGAACCCAGCCCGAAGAGCUCUCGAAGCAUGUCUAACAGCAGCAGUAGUCUUAUCAGGUCGUCUCCCGAUAUACCUCCCAAUGUCCUAGACAAGAUGUCGAUGGGUACCGUUCUACCGGGUCGACCAUUGAUGUCCUCGGACCAUGACAAGAAUACCUACUCACAGAGCUACAUAACGCACCAACGCCGACCUGCUCUAAUUCCUUUCGAUGUCGAGCUCAGUCCCGAAGAUGAGCAGGCAGUGAGGCUGCGAACAGGCUGUGUAAAUCCUUACGUGAAAGUGGAUGGUUCCAAAGUUGAGGGUGGGAAGGUGCAGAAGUCCAAGCAGAAGGUUGUGGACAGAACGGAUCGAACCAAGAGCAAGAACAAGCAGCACUUCGGAACGAACGAUACAAAGACAGACGUGCAGGCUAGCGCUAAGCGAAAAGCCAGCGUGUUCGAUAAGGAUGACAAGCAUGACGAGCAUGAGUGGAUUGAAGUGUUGAUGGAAAUGGAUAUCGACUCUUAG